AUGGAAGCAUGGUUGAAUGAAUUAGAAGCUUGUGGAGAACUUGUCUAUCAUAAAGAGACAAGGGAAGGCGUGGAUAUGACAAAUAUAGUGGAGGAGCCGAAACUAGAGCCACAUUUGAAAUAUGUGUACCUUGAUGAUAACUGUGCUAAACCCGUGAUCAUUAGCAAUAAUUUGUCCACAAACGAAGAGAAUCAAUUGAUGCGGGUGCUAAAAAAGAAGGAGGUUGUCAAAUUAGUGGAGGCCGGGAUGAAUUGUUCUAUAGCCGACGGUGAAUGGUUAGCAGACAAAUCUGGUCGCCGACUUUUACUUAUUGUUUCUUCAUCUGCAAUGGCUUUGAGUCUUUUGGUUGUUUCAAUAUCAUUCUACUUGAAGGAAUAUAUAUCACCAGAUUCUGAUUUAUAUGCGACAUUGAGCCUCGUAUCGGUGGCUGGAGUUGUGGUCAUGGUUAUUGCAUUCUCUCUGGGAUUAGGAGCAAUGCCAUGGAUUAUAAUGUCUAAGAUUCUUCCGAUUAACAUCAAAGGCCUAGCUGGAAGUUUUGCAACACUUGCCAAUUGGUUCUUUUCCUGGUUGGUUACAUUAACAGCAAAUUUGCUCUUGGAUUGGAGUUCGGGAGGUUUGUGUGCAUUGCCUAUGUUAAUUUUCUAUAAAUAUCUAUUGUUUCUAACCAGAAGCUUCCUAUGUUUUUAA